AUGGGCUUAUUACGGACAGCAGCUCUUGUCGUCCUAGGAAUAUCGGCAUUCGUGUUCGUGGCACUUUUUGGUCGCUUGCCCGUAUUCAGGAAAACACCGAUCGCUUUCUUCCAUCGGCUACUAUGGGUGCAUCUACCGGGUGGUAUUGCUUGGAUCGACUCGCACUUGUUCGGGGGUCGGAUAGUUCACGCGUGGAACCGCUCAGGCAGUUAUAUACUCCACGAGAAUCACCCUCUGGUCCUCGUAAGAAAUAUUCCCAAAAAUGAUACUUCGAACAUGAUUCUAAGUCAUUCCAGGUGUUUUUCAUCGGUCUGCUCGGCAUCGGAGAAUGUGCUUUUGUACCAGUGGCAUGGCCUCGGAUUUCCGAUGUGCACCGCUUCCUGA